GCCGCGCUUGCGAUCGGUGUUUCGCGUCGUCACCGGUACCGCACAAUACAUGUAUUUCGUGUAUUCUGUGCCCGUACUGCUGCGAACGUUGUGCGCGUCUCCGGUACCAAACGGUUAUUCGCGUCAAUCGUGUUCGCCCGCGCGUUUUCCAAUCGUUUUUUAUUUAUUUUUCCGACGACGUUCGCCUCGUUGCGACACGCAUCGAACCGCGGUUCCGCUGCACCUGGCUCGACGUGACCAUCCCCGGCGAAUUUUUUAACUAAAAUUUUAACUUUUUCCACCGCGACGGGAACCAGCACUGGAACCGAAAAGUUAAACAGUUUUCUGUGUAUCGAUGGGUGUACUUGGUUUUAAAAUCCAACAGCUGGAUAGCGAUAUUAUAGUAGUGUUUAUUUUUGAUUUUUGACAAUUUGUAAUUGGAUGGAGUAAAUUCAAACCCUCCAUAGUUCUUGACUAUAAUAAUAAUAUGUCAAGUAUAGACCAAGCAGACCAGAGGAUAAGAUAAUACCAGACUCCAAUGAAAUGGUUACGUUGGUAUAUUAAUGAUUUUUUUUACACUAUGGACACAUGCUUAUGGAAUGCUAAUUAUUUGAAUAACAAGUAAAAAACAAAUAAUUCAAAAUGUCUACAACACAUAGUAAGUUGGAUGUGCAAAGAUCAACUAUUCAGAAUUAUGUGUUACCUCUUACACUCAUGCAAGUAUUUUCUGUUGAUGAAGAACAUGCCAAGUGUAUUAAAUGUAGUUUUCUGUGUAAACAUACCACCUACAACACUCUUUUCCAUUUAACGGUAUGUAAUGGGUCACUGGUAGAUGAAAACAUUCAAAAUGAUUUUAAAUUGAAUUGCUUGAUGUGUAAUUUUUCAACCAAAAAUAUUGAUGUUUGGAAAAAUCAUUUAUUCCAUUUUCAACAUAUUUCGAAACUGAAUCCUUAUUUGUAUACAACUAAAUAUUCUUAUGAUUGCAACUUGUGUAAGAAUCAUUUUUAUGGCAGUGAGGAUGAAAUACUGAAACACCCAUGUAAACCUAAAAAAUUAUCCAUGUUAUCUAAGUUCAUGGCCUAUGUUUAUCACAAUUUUGAUGUUCAAAACAAACGCAUGCUGUAUUAUUGUGCAGAUUGUAUGCAUUACUCUUAUACUCUAGCUGAUUUGCAUACAAAGAAAUGCUGUAAAACCAUCAAUAAUCAAGAUAAUUUUGUGUGCAAUUCAUGUCUAAUAACCUAUUACGGUUGUUGCAAAGAUACAUUUGCCAACCAUAAAGUCUCAUUUCAGCACUUAGCGCUGUGGUUUUUAAAUGGCAACAGGAGUGAGCUGAAAACACUUGCCUCUAUGCAUUGGAAACUGCCAUCAUAUAUGUCUAAUUUUUUUAUUGUGAGCACAGCACUGCAAAAAGUUAGCUGUACUGUAUGCGAUAAAGUGAUUUCACUAAACUAUGAUUGUAUUUACAAUCAUUUUAUUGAAUGUAUUUCUUCCAAAGAUGUUUCUGAAAAUGACAGUAAUACACCGUUGCAUAUACUGAUUUGUAAUCUGUGUGCAUACCAAUAUGCAUCAUAUGAAGAAGACUUGUACAAGGUUUGGGUACAGCAUGUAAUAAGUUUGAACCAUUUAAAAAAAACAAAACUAAAGAGUAACCGAAAUAAUCUAUUAACGUAUUAUUGUUACGUUAGUGAAACUGUGUACUGUGGAACAGAUAGUUUUAUCAUCCAACAAAUAUUAAAAAAUAAUGAAGAUAUUGGACGUUUAUUAUUUGUGUCUGAGGUAAUGGCUCUUGUGUAUGAACUUUCUGAUACCUACUCAUAUAAAACUUUAUACGUUUGUGGAUUUUGUGAAAAUUCUCCAAAUUAUCAAUUUUAUUAUUGUGAACAUGCAAACAUCGAAUCCAAUAAAAUAUUUAAUUGUUCUAGUUGUUCAGUAGUAUUCAAUAUUAAGUCUGAUUAUGUUGAACAUCUUAUCAGCAGUGAGCAUAUUAUUCUACAAUAUUUUAAACCCAAUCAACUAAGCAAAUUCGAAAUACUUGAAUAUUCUAUGAACACAUUCAAAAUGAAUAAAAGUAAUCUGAUUGUUAGUGACAAUGAUUUGAGUUUGUCAUUCUCCGAUAAAAAUAGUCUUGAUUCCAUGGAACUUGACUGCCAAGACCAAUCUAAUACAACUAUUAAAAAAAAUAUAAAAAUGGAUAUUUCAAAUUUCAUUGAAAAACUUGAUGUGCAAUCAAAAUAUUCUGCUUUUAACAAUCAUUUAAGGAUGAAUUUUGGAGGAUUAAAUCAAAUGGCUUUGUCGUUAAAUGUUUUUGUUGAAUUAAAAUCAUUUUUCUGCUCAUUUUGUGACAUUAUUUAUAGUGAUUUGCUUAGUUGGACCCAACAUAUCAUUGAGUUUCAUAGACAGUUUGAUGUUUCAGUAUUUUACUGUGCUAUUUGUCAAAUUUACCAAGUCGGCACUUCCUUUAGAAAUAGCAAACACUUCAAAACUGUAGAACACAGUGUGAUGUCAGAGUUUCAAGAAUAUAUAAAAAAGAAUAAACAUUUAAUAAUCAAUAAUGGCACUCUAGACAACAAUUCAAUUGGUGCUAAUAAUGAUGCAAUAGACAUUAAAGAAUGCAAAUAUAAUGAUAGCAAUAAUAUUUCCUUUGAUAACAGCAAACUAAUAAAAAAUUUUAAACACGGCAUGGUGUCCAGAUCUCAAGAGUACCCUAAAUAUUUUAAAAAGAAAUCUUUGAUAAACACUAAUAUCAGUCAUGGUGUUUCAACUGCUGAUGGUGAUAAUCCAAUAAAUACUGAAGUAGACAAAGGUCAAAUGAACAAUACCAUUUAUAUUGAAUUCAAAGGUAUAAGCAAAAAAUUGAGAGAAAAAAAUUUUUGUCUAUUAAGAAAAUUGCUUAGGGAUAAGUAUGGCAAAUUCAAAAGGAUUCCAACCACAAAAAAAUCGUUCAUUAUACUAUUCAAUAGAAUAAAGGAUGUUAACCGUUUUAUCAAGGACCAAAAAGAUUUAACAAAUGAACAUGGGUUUGAAGUCAUAAGCCACAUUAAUGAUAAGUUCAAAAAAAUUAAUUUUAUGACCGAUUGGUGUAUAUGUAUUCAAAAUUCGGAUCAAUUGGAUAAAAUAAAUGAACACAAAUCGCAAACUAAGAUCAACAAAUUGUACAAAUCUAUACAUAACUUAAAUAUUGACUUUGAUUUAUUCAAUAUUUACGUGUUUAAUUCUGAAUAUUUUGGAUUAAUAACUGAUAAAAGUGAUGUGUGUCUAUAUUUGGAAAAAGAUGAUAAAUAUGACUGGGACAUUCAUAGAGUAGUUAGUCUGAUGAGAGAGUUUGCUCAGCAGUUGGAAUUAAAACCGGAAGAAUUUAAAGACAUAAUGAAAAUCCGUAACGUGCAUGAAUCUAUUAUAAAAUGCUAUCACAUCCCAACUAGCUUCAGCUGUAACAUUUAUUUUAAUAGCAGUUUAACUUGGUACAACAUUAAAUUGAUCGAGUCUUAUUUGUCAAUGGACCCUACUGUGAAGUGGCUAGUAUAUGUAAUUGUUCAGAAUUGGGCGGUGAAAAAUAAUUUAAUCAACACAAAUAUGUUUUCCAGCUAUCAAAUAAUAUGGCUUGUAUUAUUUUACUUGAUGGACAAAAAAGUAGUUCCGUCAUUAUUUAGACUUAUUAAGAACACUCCAAUCAAAGAUUAUAAAAUAGUCGAAGGAUGGAAUUGUACUUUUGUAGAAUGGUCUGGCACGAUCAAAUAUCAAUAUCGUCCAAAAUUGUUGUUGGGCUUCUUCUAUUAUUAUACCAAUAGAGUAAAAUUAAGGCACUAUGUUCUGAGCAUAUUUACGGGGAAAUGUUUGAAAAAGGAAAAUUUUUUCGGAACAUUUAGUCAGUUGCCCGAGCUCAACAAAACCCAGUCUACUAUGUUCAGAUCUCAUCGUUCAAGUAUUUUAUCCAACUUGCAAAAUAUACAUUGUUUGACUGUACAAGAUCCAUUCAAAUUGUCUAACAACUUAACUGAAAACAUUUCUUAUGAUACUUUAACCAACUUCAGUGAUAUAUGUGAUAAAACGAUAGUGCUCUUAAGAAAUACUAAGUGUUUCAAAACAUGUUAAAAAAAAAAGGGAACAAAUUAUAUUAUUU